CGUCACCACGGAAGUCGCGCUCCCAUUGGCCGAGGCGACGCCCUUGUGUAAUCGGGCGGGCCGGCAACAGAAAUCGUUACAAAACAUUGUUUUUUUAUAUUCAUUUCAUUGUUCUUGUCUAUUUUAUUUUAAAACGGCAAGGACCAUGUCGGCGUCGGGCGUGUACAUUUUGGACCUCAAGGGGAAGACCCUGAUCAGCAGGAACUACAGGGGCGACGUCCCCACCAGUGCCGUCGAUGCCUUCUUCUCACUGCUCACCGAGCGCGAGGAGGAGGGCACCCUCAACCCCGUGCUGUCCCACGGUGGCGUACGCUUCAUGUGGAUCAAACACAACAACAUCUACAUUGUGGCGACGACCAACAAGAAUGCUAACGUCGCCCUCGUCUUUGCUUUCCUGUACAAGACUGUUCAGGUGUUCAAUGAGUACUUCAAGGAGCUGGAAGAGGAGAGCAUAAGGGACAACUUUGUGAUCGUCUACGAGCUCCUGGACGAGAUCAUGGACUUUGGAUACCCCCAGACGACAGAGAGUCGCGUUUUGCAAGAAUACAUCACCCAGGAGGGGCACAAGCUGGAGGUGGGGGCACCUCGCCCCCCAGCAACCGUAACCAACGCGGUGUCGUGGCGCUCCGAGGGUAUCAAGUAUCGCAAGAACGAGGUUUUCCUCGACGUCAUCGAGUCCGUCAACCUCCUGGUGAGUGCGACAGGCUCGGUUCUGCGGAGUGAGAUUGUGGGGACGGUGAAGAUGAGGGUUUUCCUGUCGGGAAUGCCUGAGUUGAGACUCGGACUGAACGACAAGGUCUUGUUUGAGCAGACGGGACGAGACAAGAGUAAGGGAGUGGAGCUGGAGGAUGUGAAGUUCCAUCAGUGCGUGCGCCUCUCUCGCUUCGACAACGAUCGAACCAUCUCCUUCAUCCCCCCGGAUGGGGAGUUUGAGCUCAUGAGCUACCGUCUUUACACACACGUGAAGCCACUUGUUUGGAUCGAGUCGGCUAUUGAGAGGCAUUCGGGCAGAAUUGAAUACAUCGUCAAGGCCAAGAGCCAGUUCAAGCGCAAGUCGACGGCAAGCGGCGUGGAGAUUCGAGUCCCAGUCCCCGCCGACGCAGAUUCCCCCAAGUUCCGUGUCUCCACGGGGACGACGGCCUGGAUCCCCGAGGAGGGAGUUCUCGUGUGGACAAUCAAGUCCAUGCCGGGUGGUAAGGAGUACUUGCUAAGAGCUCACUUUGGGCUGCCGAGUGUCGGUGCAGAGGAAUCUGACGGCCGGGCCCCGAUCACCGUCAAGUUUGAGAUCCCAUACUUCACCACGUCUGGCAUCCAGGUUCGGUAUCUGAAGAUCAUGGAGAAGAGUGGAUAUCAGGCGCUACCAUGGGUUCGGUACAUCACACAGAGUGGAGAUUAUCAGCUCCGCAUGCAGUGAUGCGAAAACAAAGGCGAGCUUCAUAAUGGCUGAUGGGUGGUUGAACACAACCCCAGCAUUUGUUCUAUUAAUGCGAACAAGUGCAUCCAUCUACUCUAAUGAGGUCAUCAUCAACAACUAUGACCUGUCCACUGCUGCGUGAAGGCAUCCCCAAGUCGUCGCCAUCCUUCAAUGUCUUGCGACGAAGAGACACAUUAAGCUCCUGCACACCAACUGAUCUCAUCGUUGGGUCUCUUCGGUGGUCUUCGUCUUGGACAUGUGCCUCCUUUUGCUGAUAUGGUUUGUCUUCUAAUCAUGUGUCCUGCCCAAAACCCACUUUUCUUAAGGCAAUGUAAUUUGUGUUUGUUUUAUUUGCACACUUUUCAGCUUUUGCUUCAUUUUUGUAAUAUUUCAUGUUUAUGAUCCAUUUGUCAAGGCAAAUAAUAUGCACCGAUUGAAAAUGUUAUUGAGGUGCAUUGGUUUGUUACUUCUCAUUGUAAAAUUCACUCCGACCUGCUCUCGCUCACCUCUUUAUUUCUUAAUUUCCAUCCCAGACCGCCUUUAAUAACUGACCUGGGUACACAUACUCUGAUGUCCUUUUCAGUUAUUUUCCUUGAGUAAAUAUGUUCAUUUGUUUAGUGGACACGAUAUAAUUAUGGACAUGAACAGUUACAUCAAACUCCACAAUUACAUCAAGUCAAGAUCUUAACAUAAUUAAACAAGCCAACACAUAAUUACAUAAAUAUACGUUGUACAUGUUUUUACAAAACUAUAUCAAUUGCCAUAAUUAUGACGCCAUGUCAUCAACUGACAAUAAUUUAUAAUAUAAAUUACCCAUACCUUCAUUACCCAUACCUUCAUUACACAUGCCUUCAUUAUCCAUGCCUUCAUUAUCCAUGCCUUCAUUAUCCAUGCCUUCAUUAUCCAUGCCUUUAUCUAUGCCUUCAUUACCCAUACCUUCAUUACACAUGCCUUCAUUAUCCAUACCUUCAUUAUCCAUGCCUUCAUUAUCCAUGCCUUCAUUAUCCAUGCCUUCAUUAUCCAUGCCUUCAUCCAUGCCUUCAUUAUCCAUGCCUUCAUUAUCCAUGCCUUUAUCGCCUCUCGCCUUGUCUGCAGCUCUUCUCUAUAUCCUCCCCAAAUGCCUCUCCAAAUGCCAGAUGAUCCAGAGUACCGCACUCUUAAACAAAAACCACAUCAUUCACAUCCUGGGAUCCCCUCUACUGGUUCCCAAUACAGUCCCACAUCAGCUACAUGCAUGCACUCGACAUCUGAAAGAUCCUCAUUGUCUUUGCCUCUGCCUAGUGCUUCUUAUUUCACUCGACUCCCCUCCACCAAUCUCGCAAGGGCUUCUGUCAAAGCCCUCAGCCUAGCUCAAUGGGAGAUCGCUCCUUCUUUGCUCUUGUUCUCGUCACCUAGAAGUCUCAAAUCCAGCCUUAAGAGAUUCCCCUUCUACUCUGCUUAUGACUGACCCCUCUUUUUUACGACGCGUCUUCAAUCGUACCUUACCGUAAAUAUUUAAAUCUCCCUUUUUGUGGUCCCUAUAAUGCAUGGCAAACUAUUUUGUACAGCAUCUGGAGACGAAGUUGGAUUUUGACACUGCAAGGGUUAUUUGUGGUAAACCUCCACUUUUAGUUGUAGUAAAUUUGAAAGUUAACUGAAUGAAACCCUGUUUAUCAAGGUGUUCCCCUGCCACGCGUACACAUGUCCAAUUUACGCUGUAAUGCCUGAAUGGGAGAAACAUUGAAUUCUUUAGAACAGUGCUAUUUUAGGAAUUCUGCUUUUGCACCCUCAUCCCUGUUUACCGACUUGAGUACAUCUUGAAACCCUUAGCACCGCUCAACACCUCACGUCUGUAUGCGAGACACCUAUCAGCGACGUUUACAGUGAACCUUUUUAAAACUUCAUCAGAUACUUCUACGCAAUGCUGCUGGUCCCACAUGAUGCACACUUUACCGCCAUCUUAGAAAUUCACAGGCUGCUUUGCACAGCGGGGACAACUCUUCAAACAGGAAUUGCCAGAAGUUUCCACGAGCACUCCACGAACUUUCAACAGUCUGUCAUUCUUGUGUUUUGUAAUUAGCACACAGUUAUGACGAUUGACACAUCGACUUUGAUUAACAUAAUUAGAAUAAUGAGUUUUCUGUGAAGACAUUUACAUGUAGUUACAUUUAAAUGAACAUACCACCAUAUUACAUUGCAAUCAAUAUCACCAGUUCACAUCACCAUCGAUGAGCAGUAUUUCCAUUUAAUGUAAAACAUUUUCAAUGUGUCAGUUGUAUUUGACAGCAUGGUUUUCAAGUGACGGUUAACCUAUUGACACGAUUAUACUUCAGUUAACAUCGUUAUCAGUUAACAUCUUACAUUUUUUUCAGGCAUUAAUGAGAAAUAAAAAAGACAAGUAUGAUAUAUGGGCUGCCACCUGGUUUGAAUAAGGGUGUCAAUCACAAGGGGCAAUGAAGGUCUAUGCGUUACUCCCUUUUUAAUCGACGGUAAUACAAUUUGAAUGCUGUUAAAAUAUUUUGAAAGAUGACAAUUUAAAAGUGGAAUUGUUUUUGCUAAAAUUUAAUUGUGAUAAAAAGGAACAACAUAAAAAUGUAUGUUACCGUUUUGUUUGCUUUCCUUGAGUAUCGGUUUGGUAGCGUUUACACGACAUUUCUUGAUGUAAAAACGUUUUUCACAUUACAGCUCCUCUUUAAAUUCAUUGAAAAUGACGACGAUAAAUACUGAUUGCUUAACAUGCAAUCUAACGUGCCAUUGUGCGCAAGUUGUACAAUUAACGUCUAAAACGUAAUCUCGCCGCAAGCUGUUUCUCGCAUGUUUUUCAAUUUACAAGGAACCGUGGCCGGACACAAGCAGAGUGGCACUGUAGCAAAUAAUAUCAAUCAAGAAUUGCAAAGUGUUUCAAGGUGAUCACAUUUCAGGGCGAUAACUCCUAUUUGUGUCUGUUUUGUUUGUGUUUGCUGAAUGUUGGGGAAACUCAAAAAUGCAGAGACUAUGAAGAGAGAAAGAUAAUCCGAAGGAAAAUAAGAAAAAUUAAAGAAAUGUGGGGAGAAAAAAAUAUCAAAAAGUUUAGCAAUCUUGAGAUUUUCUUUUGUAUGUAGAAACAUUAUAAAAACAAUCCAGAGCAUACCACCAGGUCAGGCGCCUGGUUCCUUCCACAUGUUUCCAUAUGUUAAGCAUUGCUUGCGGGGAAAGUAAUGUUUCGUGACGACGUAAUUGGUGUGGGGAGUGAGAUGAAGCUUUUUCUCGGAUUUCCUAGAUCCUUGUGAUAUUGAUGGACCAGUGCCUGCAACCAUAUCAGUUCACCAGCCACUCAUCGUCUUGCCAGGCCACGGACUUUCCCAUCACCCCUCACGGUUUGCGGUGGUGGUUUUCUUUUUUGCGGGUUCUAGAUGUACGUUAUUAAACAUUUGAUAUUUAGUUAAAGCGAUGUUUACUAGACUUCUGUAAUGCAGGUUAAUGCUGUCAUGGAAUAUUCCUUUAAAAACGUGUUAUUGAGAAUGUUUUAAAAUUGUACAAAUCCCUAUUUUACCCCAAAGAAAAUUACUGGAUCCCAGGUGUCCCUUCGAAAGAUUAUUAAACUCAAUGGCUCUCACCUGGUUAAAUAAAAUACUUUGAAUUGAAA